CGAUUGUCUCAACAAUUGGAUCAUAUGUUGAGGUCUUUGGAUCAGUUGAGACACAACCCGGACGUCAGUCAAGUGCUCGAAGACAAGACCAAACGUGUCGCUCAACUCAAGAGGAGAUUAACUCUCAUUCACUCUAUCGUUCAGAACUGCAACCAAAGGGUCGCCAAACUCUUCACCACUUCCGCAGCCAUUCAGUCGACCAGUCAUUGA